AUGAGCCCAUCUGCCUCCCUCCUCUUAAGUGGAGAUGAUGGGGGCAAGGGGGAUGAGAGGGAGACCUUAGACCCAUUUGAGCUAGCUAGUAGCAUGUUCCUAGAGGAGCUGGCAGGAAAGGAGGAUGCCUACCAUAGUGGCGAGGUCCCCUUCUCCCUUAGCAAGCAGGAGAAGGUGAACAAGGAGCUGUCUUCCCUCUCAAGCGUCAUCAUUAGCUCAACUACUAAGGAGACGGUCUCUUACAAGAAGGUCACUAUCAGUGUGGACGACCUCCGCCACUUGUUUAAAGAGGCCAUCCUUAGCUCACUACAAGACUUAAGGGAGAAGCUGCUCUUAGGGAUGCCUCAUGAGGAGUAUAAGCAUAUCUCCCUAGAGGGGUUCAGCGCAGUAGAGGAUGCCUCUAACACCUCUCCUUAUCAGUGCUUUCGCGACUUCCACCCCACCUCUCUUAGGAACAAUGCCCUUGUAAGGGACUACAUCCUUAAGACCGCUCUGCUAAGGGGCAAGUUCUUUAAGACAAGCAAGGAGAACAAGCUAGUGCUAGAUCUCAUCAUGGUAAGGGCCUACUUGAGGGAUGUAAAGGAGUUCCUAAAGCUAUGCCUCCUUAUCGUCCACUUUACAAGCGGCCUACCCUUAAGGGGGACAGAGCUCACUACCCUACGCUUCCUUAACUCUUAUAAGGACAAGAGGGAGAUGUUCUUGGACAAGGCUAGCCACCUCUUCAUCUUAAACAUCUCCUACUAUAAGGGGAAGGAGCAGAGGGAGAAGGAGACCUCUAACAUAAGGUAUCUCUGCAAGGAGGCCUCUAGAGUCUUCCUGCCGUACAUCACGCUCAUCUCUUCCUUUGUGGGCUUCCUUAACCUUGCAUCUGCAUCCUCUCCCUCCUCCUAUAAGUGGCUGCUGCCACUAAGCUGCUACUUCUUCCACCAUGAGAAGCAGGUCCUCACAUCUCGACAUCUCAGCAUUAGGCUAAGCACAUUUACAAACCUAGUCCUAGGACAGAAGAUAGGGAUACAAGUGUAUAGGCAGCUCAUUGUAGCAGUUGUGAGGGAGCUUAUGGGAGAGGCACUAAAUAAGGAGACGCUCACCCUAGAGGGAAGGGGGGACUCCUUCAGGGACAUAAGGGCCCUGCAAAUAAACCACUCUACUAGUGUAGAGGAGCUGCAUUAUGGGAGGAGCACCUCUACCUUCUCCAAUGUUAGAGAGGGUGUGCAAAGGAGAUACCUUGAGUUCUGCCUAAGGUUCUUUGCCUACUUCCACAUCUCAGAUCUAGAUGUCAACUCUCACCCCUUCGCAGGUGCCUUAAGGGACAAGGAGAUGCUAGAUGAGAGCUUUAGAGGGGAUUUGCAAAGGGCCAAGGGGUCUAUGCUUGCACUGCGUUUCUAUAAGGGUCCUACCUCCUCCUCCCCUCCCUUAGCCUCUGGCAGAAAGCACCUUAGGGGCAGGUCUAGCAUUGCGAGUGCCUUGCAGGAUGACUUUGCAGCUAAGACGGUGAGGCUAGAAGACCUCAACAACAUGUCAAGCUCCCUUACCUCUACCUCUACUACCCUCCUUUAUCUGCUACGGGAGUUCCUUAGCAAUCCCUUAGUGUAA